GCAUACGUGUGUCUCGGUGGCUGCAGUCUGCCAUCCGCACACUCCAGCUCAUGGGCGCCACACCCGAGACGUGGGUGGGUCACCUCUCCACGCACCUGCAUGGCGGUCCUUUCGAGGCCUGGGAGGAUUUCUAUGCCUACUCCCUUCGUGAGGGUCGGACUCCGACCUUCGUGGAUUUCCAGGCGUUCCUCGAGGAUUGCUUCGGAGCCCGAUACGACGUGACUGACGCCUUCGAGCGUGUCGUCACUACACCAUGGUCCGGCUCUGGUGGCGCUGCCGGCCUGGAUCGCCACAUCCAGGUCUUUCAGGAUGCCCGCCUCGUUUGCGACGUGGCGUUCCUUCCCGAGGCUGCCCUUAUCGAUCGUUUCUUGGCCAGCCUUCCGCUCGAGUACCGCUCCGAGCUAUGGCGAGGCGACUUCAUUCACCCACGCGUGGUGAAGGAAGCUCGCUUACCCACGACAGGGUCUCCGACUCCCAUUUCCGUUACCCUAGGGGAUGACAAGACCCAGUGCUUCUUCGAUUACACGGUCACCGACCUCCCCUUCUUCCUCACUCUCGAGCCGACUGAUCACUUCCCGGCGUCUCAUCGCCACCGCUCCUCUGCACAUUUCGAUGUGAUGGAGACGGGGUACGACUUCAUUCUCGGCACUCCGUGGUCUCGUCGGUUCCGCAGCACUGAGGCCGAUUGGGCGAUCAACACUCUCGUUCUCAAAACGAAGUGUGGACAGACGUAUCGCGUACCUUUCAUAGGUACCACGGCGACACCACGCCCCGAUCCUCCUCCCCCGGAGCCUUCAGUGCCCACACCAUCUCCCAUUAUCACGGUCACCUUGCCUCGGCAGUUCGCUCACUUCAUUCGACAAGACGACGUCACCGUCUUUAUGGUGGACGUGACGGAUCUCUUACACUAUGAUCCACCCUGUCUCGACGCCGAGCUCAUCCCUCUGGAGCCAGAUCCUCCCUCUAUCUCCAUGGCUCCCAUCUCUASYUCCGUCCCUCCGCYGUCCGUCGAGUCCACCCCGCCGUCGYGCGCUGACGCUGACGCUGAGGAACUYGCACGAUAUACGGCUGACUUGGAGCCCGCAGUUCGUGACCUCAUCCGAGAGUACCACGACGUUUUCCCAUCAUCGUUCUCGUACGCCGGCAUCCCACCAAUGCGUGACGUCGAGCACUCCAUUCAGCUUGUGCCUGACUAUCGUGUUCACCACCAGGCACCCUAUAGACUCUCGAUCCCCGAGGCCACCGAACUCGAGCGUCAGUUUGAGGAGCUCUUGAGACUGGGUUUCAUUAAACCCAGCAACUCCCCGUGGGGUGCACCCGUCCUCUUUGCUCGCAAAGCGAACGGAACUCUCUGUCUCUGCAUCGACUAUCGCAGUCUCAACUGCUACACGGUUAAGAACAGCUACCUCAUGCCUCGUUCCGAUGAGUUGUUCGACCGCCUAGCAGGCAACCGCUUCUUUACGAAGAUUUAUCUUCGUAGUGGUUACCAUUAGAUCCACGUCGCUGCAGCCAACCAGCCGAAGACCGCAUUCUGAUCGCGAUUUGGCCACUACGAGU